AUGCAGCUGGGAGGAACAGCCUCGUCCACCGUGUCUAUCAAUCAAGAAGCGAGAGACGUUCAUCAACCGCGACAGGUCCAGGACGAAACUCCUAGCGAUGGUCCUGCUGUUGCCGUGUUACCGCCCGAGGCUCCUUCGAGCCCGGCGAUCUCGGCUCUCGACAGCGAACAUCCUCAGGAUGCCGCGGUCCCAAGUGGCUCUGUCAGCGAACUCACCAGGCCAACAGCUGAACAUUCUCCCAUUGAAUUGCCUCAGCGAAGAGAAACAGAGCACAGCACCGGGCCAGAACCUGUAUUGCUCCAGCACGAAGGCGUCGCUGGUGAUGAUAACCACGCCGCAUUUGAUACACUUACGGCUCCGGAUCCGGUAAAAGCACGUCCUGGCAGCGCCACGCUGAAGCCUCAAGUCAGUGACAGAAGUCUGAACGUGCCUCUUGAUCGACGACAAUCUAUCAUUUCCGAAGUCUCGAGCGUCAGUCCCGGUCCGGAGCCAGGCUCUACCGGAUCACCUAUAAGAGGCAGCAUAUCGCCAGCAGAUGAGUCCCCACUCGUCCCCGAACCGAAGCUGCCAGGAGAAUCCCAUUCGACAUUUCAAGCGGGGCAAGAUUCAGAAGUACCGGCGGAUGUGAAACAACCUCCUCAACAUCUGGCGGACAAACCUGCUCCAGCCAGCAUAAAAGAACAUUAUUCCAGCCCACAAAACGAGGACAUGGAUGCUGUGUGGGUCGAGCAUCAAAGUGCCAACGAAGGCGUUCAGAACCCACCAAACGAACAAGAACAGGAUGCCAACCUUGAGCAGCGACCGUUCUCCUUUGCUGGGCUUGAAGGGGUCGGUGAAAUACAUCAAUCACAACCGACGGGUCAGGACCUAAGUAAAGUCUCUACGCAACCCUUGAGCCCCAUCAGUCAAACAUUGAGCAGCCAGUCUCUCGACAAGGAAAUGUCGGUGGUCAGUGCGGAGGAAGUGGUAGAGUCGCCGACCACGGCCGGGCGAAAACAGUCUAGAUCGUAUUCAAGACCGUUCGGCGCGGAUCCAAGUGUCAGAAACCAUCCAGCUUUCAGGGAUUCAGAACCUGAUCAACCAACGGUAGACAGGACUCGGUUGUAUUCUUCUGAGAAUCCCCUACCAAGCGCCAGAAGGCCUCAACCUGAGUUGGAGCGGCCAAGUCGACCGAGAGAACAACGGCAACCGAACAGGACGCCGCAAACACAACUGGCAGAAGCACAAAACUAUCGCAUUCCAGGCCCGUACGUUCAGGAGUAUAGAUCUCCCAAGCAGAUUUUUGCGCCGAAAACAGCUCGCAGUCAGGCCCAAGUCCAGACCAGUGAAGAGCCUCUACCGAGCACUUUGAGAUUUCAGCGACACAAUGCCAAAGCACAUACUCAGCCUCAGCGACCGGACAGUACUUCUUAUGCUGCACAAGAGGCAAUGAGGCCUCAGUCAUAUCAGUCGCAGACAAGCCAAACGAUCGAUGUUGAUGUCCAGCAUCCGCAUGAGACGAAGCCAGAAACCAUGCACCAGGAGCAGAUCAUUCCAACUCAACGGCCAUCGAUGGGUCCUCCGCCAGUCCCAACGAAACAGUCAGUGCCUCCUACACCCGAGCGUGCAAAGAAAGGUGUCUUCGGGGCCCUUUUCGGAUCGAGCAGCAAAUCACGUUCGAAAUUGCAGAAAAUCGACCGAAGCGAGAAUCUUGAUAACCGGGGUGGCCCUCACAAAGAGAAGCGCAACAGUCUAUUUAGACGAAAUAGCAGGAACGACAGUAUUUCAUCGCAACAGAGCGGCCAGUACGGUGGUUCAGGUCAAAUCGGCCAGCUUCCACCUGCCGACAAGCAAUCUUGGUCUGCCAGACGGCAGUCAAGAGAACUCUUGAGAACUCCCACGCCAGAUCAGCCUUCAGAGGCAAAGAAGAAGAGGUUCUCGGGAUUUGGAAAUCUUUUCUCCAAGAACAGCAGCGGCCCCAGAGCAUCAAUGGCGCCCACCCAACAGACACCAGAUCCAUCGAUAUCUGCCAGGGGACAGACGGAAUAUCAGCCAUCACGGACAGUCAUGUCUCCAGACACUUAUCCUGCUCCCGGUGCAUACGAUCAGUAUGACGACGGACCGGGACAACGUUACCGUCCAAUCUCAGAACAAUGGCAUCGGACUCGGCCUGAUUCUCCCCAGAGAGCCAGCCGACAACAGCAGCAUCAAUCUGCGAGAGCUGCAUCUCCAUAUCGACAUGGCACACGACCUGUCAGCUAUCCUUAUCCGACGGAAGAAUAUCCCGGACCUCCGCCGGGACAACAACAACAACGACAACCUCAAAGGCCUGUCCCUUCCAACACAUUUCCGUAUAGUAACGUUGAACAGCGCCGUCCCGCUGAUCUCCGCAUCGACACGAGCGGCAGCCAUCGCAGUCUUUACGGUCUGCCAGCAACAGCACCCGCACAGAUCUAUCCAGCAGGUAACGGAUCGUUUACCAGCACUGGCAAUACUCUAUACGGACCCAGUCCCAGCCCGGGUGUUUCCAUGUCUAAUACCACUUCUACCGCCACAACAACCCGUGUCACCACGAUGGCCAGCCCUACAACGUCCCGUCACCGAGCAUCCACCCAACAACAAGACAAAAGCCGCGCCCACGUAUUCGACCUCCACAGGCGAUCCCGCUCACCGCGACUCGGUCGUAAGAGUUCCUCGGAAGAUUUUGACGUGCACCAGAGUCGUCGUCACCCAGCGCAAGGGUUGCAGCCUUCCGUUGCCGGCGGGUCAUCAACAGGCCUCGUUGAGCAACUCGGGACUUUCAGUUCCAAGAAGAUCAGUCCCGCCGGCGGCAUCCCGCGCGCCGAGGAUGACCAGGAACGGCCGUAUGCUAUUGAUAUCCCUGGGUUGGAUUAUGACCAGGAUCACGAUGAUCGUCUCGACAAUGGGAUCAUCGACGAUACUGAGCGCAGACGCGAGCAAGUACUUCGAGGCCGUCUCGAGGGGCCCGAUCAAGGUGUCAAGCCUGGCGGAGGACACAGUGAUACGCCUAUGAGUGCCGAGUCUGAUGACAAUCAUAAGGGUCGUGCUGGUGCUGGUGAUGGUGGUCUUUUGCACGACCAGGUGACUGUGACUGUGCCCGUGUCCGCGUCAAGGCCCAACAAUUGCACCGUCGGUGCAGGUCAUAGCAGAGAAGAAGGCAGUGGUGGUGUAGGUACUGGUAGUGGUGACAAUUCCGCCGCCGCCGCCGCCGCCGCCACUGAUAAGGUCGAACCAACCUCUCCCGAAGAAAACGUCCACGUCUUCGAAGAUAUUCCACAAGUCACGACCGACGCAGCAGACCAUCGACGCAGUAGUGCGCGGGACGUCACUUCGGGAGGCUGCAUCGCCGAACUGCCCGGAUCGAAGGCCGAAGGGUACGAAUCUGAAGAAGACAUCCCGAUGAGCGCCACGGCGUACCCGGGCCAGGAAUGGGUUCCUGUCAUUGUCGGCGAUGGAAGAUGGGAUGAUUGGGAGUGA